CCAACCUCUUUUUCUCUGCGGCGCCAUGGAGGAAUUGGAGAGAAAUUCCGCGGCGGCAGCGCUCCUGCGCCUUCGGUCGCAGCAAUUCGAUGACAAGGAAGCGAAGCCCAAUCUGGAGCUGGGCUCAUCGAUUGGAGUGGAGAUUGCGCGCGAUGAGAUUCUUCCAGUGGAUCUCCUGGCGCAUUGCUUGUUACAGUUAUCUUCCUUCCGGGACAUGGCCAUGGUGAAUCUCGUGUGCAAGAAAUGGAGGAGCGCCAUGCGGCAAUCGCUGGCAUAUCGCAAGCGAUUGAGCUUCGCGGGAUGCCGUGUCGACGAUGUCUCGGUCGCCAAUCUUGUGAAUCAAGCGCUCAAUCUCUUGGAUCUCGACAUGUCCGCUGGAACUUGGGGCUGCCAGAUCACAGACAUUGCGCUCGUUGCCAUCGCGGAUUCUAGCUGCUGCCCCAAUCUCCGCUCGAUUUCCUUGUGGGGUGUCACGGCAAUCACUGAUCAAGGCGUCGCGGCGCUGGUCUUUCGAGCCAAAUCGCUCGAGAAUCUCAAUGUGGGUGGCACUUUCAUCACCGACGCGUCCCUCCUCGCCAUCGCCACGCAUUGCCGCUCUCUCAAGGCGCUCAAUGUGUGGGGAUGCAAAUUCGUGACAGAGAAAGGGCUCCUCCACCUCGCGCGAGGAUGCCCAAGCCUCCAAUCGCUCAACGUCUUUGGCAUCAAGGUCACCAAUCUCUUCUUCCACUCCCUGGCAGCACUGAAUUCGCAGCUCCAGAUCAAACCAGCCCCAUCGUUAUAAAGCCAUUCUAUUCUUUGCUCGAUCGAUCCUCUCGAUCGAUUGAGCUA